GUUUAGAAUGGUAUUAUAGUCUUCAAAUUGUGGGAUUACGGGAACAGUCUAAACUCGUAGGUAGAUGGUGAAAAGUGUAACUAGACGAAUAUGGCUCAACAAGAAAUGGCUGUUCAUUUAAAAUAUUUCUUAAUUUAUGCAACGAUUUCGUCAAUGGUGUCGGCAAUAACUCUUCCAAAUCAAAUCACACCCAAACCUCGACAUACCAAAUUUAGUUCCUCAACUACAGAGCCCGGAAGUGGUUCUUUGGCAACACCAACAAGUACGGCCUCUAAAGACGAUUCAGGUGCGGCUAUUUAUCGAUAUAAAAGUAACAGUGGAACCACAUGUAUUUUACUAAAGACUGAUGCCGUAGUUGAGGUUAACUUUUUGUUACACAACCUAGAGGAGCAAGCCGAUUCUUUCAUUCCUGACAAGGCUUUAGUUGACGGAAACUGCAAGAAGGAGGACACUUCUUUCAUGACCAUUUCAUGGUCAGGGUACAAUUUAUUGCUUAACUUUGCAAAAACGCCGGGAGGUGAACGUUGGUACAUUGAGAACGUCGAGCUGACCGUCAAUCCAGAUUUACCCCAGUUUAAGAGUAUCCAAACACAUGGCAACCCUAUCAAACUAUACCACAAGGAAAUGUUGAUUCCUACUCCAGUUGGUAAAUCCUAUGCUUGUCAAGAGGUUGAUAUUGAACUGAAGACGGAUGAAGAAGACAAUCCGCCAGCAGGUCUCAGAGGGACUCUUCUUCUACGACUCCUGCAGGUGCAACCUUUUAUGUAUAAAGGUGACGAUUUUGGACCCACUUUUGAAUGCAAACCCCAAAGAACAUAUCGUGAUGAAACUGCACCCAUUGCUGUUGGAUCAACUCUAGCGAUAGCUGUUUUGAUGACAGUGACGGGGUAUGGCAUUUUUAGAUAUUUUAAGAUUAAAAAUGUUCAGUACAACACUAUGGAGUAAUUUUUUUAUUGUUAAAGCUUAUUGUUGUUUGAAAUUUAUGUAAAUUAAAAAUUACAAAAAUACAAUAGUCACAAAAAGCUUCUUUUCACAAAAAUAAAUUCCAGGUCUUGGACAGUUUACUGACAAUGGUGUAAAGUUUAUGUUUGUUAAACUUGAAAAAUUUUAAAUGAGUGAAACAAUUACCCAUAAUGUACAGAAGCAACAUUUCGAAAAUAAAGUUGCUGCUUGAUUUAAAUAAAUAACAAACUUGCUUGUUUAGUUUAUUUUCUAAAAUAAAAAGGUAUAGAAAGAGUUUCAUAACUACUUAAUAAAUUAAAGUUGCAUUUUACUUACUCAAAAACAGCUCUUAACGAUUUUCAGUUUUUUGCAAUUUUAAACAAAAAAAUAUACAGAGGGUUUCAUAAAAUAGUACCUGAUACUGGUAAUGCCAUCCAUUUUAGUCAAAAUGUCUGUGACUUUGAAAUUAAGUUGGCAACAUUAAAUAACAUGUAGUGAUUAUAAAUCAUUGUUGUGUCAAGGUGUCAUCACGUGGUCCACAAGUUUAAAAUUUUAAUUUGACAACUCCGACUUUUUUCUUGGCAAAUUUCUUAUCAAAAAAUUGAAUGAAAUUUAAAGCUGCUUUUUAUUGUUUUUUUCAAAUAAACUUUUGAAAAAAGUUUUUUAAUACUUUUCAAACAAACAAUCAAAUUUCGUAUUUUAAAAUGUUUUGAAGAUCUUUUUGAUGCGUAAGAAAAUCAAGAUUUGUUAACUUUUUCAUUUUUAUUCUUGUGGGUUGUUAUGAAGUUAUAAACAUGUCACUGAAAAAAACUUUGUUUCAGUAAAAAUUCACAAUGUUUGAACAAAAUUUGUUUAGAGAAUUUUGUUUCAAGACUUUUUUUUCUUCAGCGAGUCGGCACUGAAACGUGUGUACAUUCUCUUUGUUUCUGUUUUUUUAUUAUUAAAAAGUACUUGAAAUUUGAUUGUUUCCGUGAUUUUGCAUAAGCUAGUACAGAUCUACAAGUUUAAGUACAGUUUGGUUCGAUAUUUUUGAAACAUCCUGUAUUGGUUGUACGGGUGUCUCAAAACUCGCGCACUUCCUUGAAAAGGAGUAAUUGGGUAGUCCCCCAGAGUACUGAAAAAAUGUUAAAAAAAUUCUGUCAAAUAAUUUUGACCUAUAUUUUUUGAAGUUUGACAUAUUUUUGUGUCUAUUUAAU